CUUGUUAGAAAUAGAGUUAAGAGAGAGAUAAAGAAAAAGGGAAUAGUCUCAUAUAUGAUAGCUAGCAUUAGCAUGGAGGUCAUCAUCACCCUCUAUCUCAUCUUCUAUUUCUGAGCAAGUAUAUCUCUUCUUUCUUCUUUAUUUUCGUUUUCAUGCUACCCUCAUGUUCCCUUAUUAUUAUCAAUAGUACCAAAAUCCCCCAUACAAAAAUUAAAUCAAAAUACCAACACCACCAUAAUAUAAAUUCUUAAUUUCAUUUUUUCUUAGUUUUUUAUAUUUGUGUGAGAGAGAUAUUGGAUCUUUGAUUCAUGAAAAAAAAAACAAGUGAAGGUAGCUAGAAAUUAAUUAAGGAUUUUAUAUAAUUUGAUUCAUGGCUAGACAACUUUGUGAAGAUGAUAACAAAACAUCAUCACAUGGAUUCAUUUAUCCAACGAUUCAAACACAAAUCCAAGGUUUUGUUUCGGAUCCGGAGAUGUUCAACCUCACAACAGGCAUGGAAAUGAUAGGUUUUUCAAAACAUCAUCAUCUUCAACAUCUUGUUCCUUCUUCAUCUUCAAAAACCAUGAAUGAUUCUUCUUCAAACAACAAUUUCUAUCAUCAUCAUCAUCAUCAUCAACAACAACAACAAGAUUUCACUUCAGAGACAACAAGUAGUGAGAAUCUAAACAUGUGGCAAGAAAAUAGAUCAUUAUUAGUUGAUGAUUCUUCAUUAAGAUGUGUUUUCCCUUGUGAAGGUAAUGAAAGACCAAGUCAAGGACUUUCACUUUCUCUUAGUUCUACAAAUCCUUCAACUAUUGGCUUACAAUCUUUCGAACUACGACAGAAUAGUCAUAAUAAUAAUCAUCAUCAACAACAACAACAAAUGACGACGACGAAUAUGUAUUCGGGUCAUUUUGUUCUUAAAAACUCGAAGUUCUUGGCUCCUGCACAAGAACUUCUCAAUGAGUUUUGUAGUUUAGGAACUACAAAGCAAAAUGAUGUUGGUUUAGUACAAAAACAAAAGUCUCAAAAGUACAAACAAGGUUGGGAAGAGGAUAACAACAAUGGUAGUAGCAGUUCCUCAAUCAAACAUUCUUUAACUUCUAUUGAGUUUGUUGAAUUGCAAAAGAGAAAAACAAAGCUCCUUUCUAUGCUUGAAGAGGUUGAUAGAAGGUACAAGCACUAUAGUAAUCAAAUGAAGAGUGUGGUGUGUUCGUUUGAAGCAGUAGCUGGGAAUGGAGCAGCAAAAGUGUACUCAGCUUUGGCUUUAAAAGCUAUGUCAAGACAUUUUAGGUGUUUGAAAGAUGGAAUUUUGGAACAAAUUGAAACAACAAGAAAGGCUAUGGGAGAAAAAGACCCUGUUGCACCUGGAACAACAAAGGGUGAAACACCUAGGCUUAAAAUCUUAGACAGAGUUUUAAGACAACAAAGAGCAUUUCAACAAAUCAACAUGAUGGAAACACAUCCUUGGAGACCACAGCGUGGUCUCCCCGAACGUUCUGUUUCAAUUCUUCGAGCUUGGCUUUUCGAGCACUUUCUUCAUCCGUACCCAAGCGACGUUGAUAAACAUAUUUUGGCCCGCCAAACCGGUCUCUCAAGAAGCCAGGUAUCAAAUUGGUUUAUUAAUGCAAGGGUGAGACUAUGGAAACCAAUGGUGGAAGAAAUGUAUUUAGAAGAAGAGAAAGAGCAACAAAGAAAGACAACAACCUCGGAGGGAGGAAAUAAUGAAGAGAAUAUUAAUGUAAUUCAAAACCAAUCUCCAACACAAGCUCAUGAGGAUGAAAAGCCAAGACUUGUUCGAAUCAAUUCAGAAUGUGUGUCAUCAAUCAUCAACAACCAAGAUCAUAAAAAUGAAGCUAACAAAAAUAUGAAUCCUCAAUUAGCGAACGACACGUUCGGAUCGGUGGAUAUCGAUUUUUCAUCUUACCAUUCCUCCGACAUGGUGGCUGCAUACACAACUAGUGAUCAUAAUCAUAAUUUUCAUGGAGGAAGUGGAGUGUCAUUGACGUUAGGGUUACAACAACAUGGUGGAAAUGGAGUGAGUUUGGCUUUUCCAUCAACAACACAAACUCCAAUGUUUUAUACAAGAGAUGAUGAUCAUAUUGAAGAACCUGUUCAAUACUCUCUUUUGGAUGGUGAUCAAGGAACAAAUAUUAUGCCCUACAGGAAUCUUAUGGGGACACAGUUGUUACAUGACUUGGCAUGAUCAUGUUAUAAGGUAAAUUAAGGUUGUUCAGUUUAUGUUAUAUAUUUAUAUUGAUAUUCAAUCAUGAUCAAGGUGCGUAUAUUGAGCUAGAGAGAUAUCACAUUAGUAUUAGUACUACUUUACUUUGGUAGAACAAUUUAUUAACUGAGCCUAGUGAAAUUAAUUAAAUUAGACUCAUUGAUAUACUUUUGAAUUUUGACUGGCUCAGUAUAUUGGUUAUUGGUAUAUUAAUAUAUAUGAUGUUGCUUCCAUGUUAAACACAUGCA